GUUCUCUAUUGUAAUGUGUAUAGAACCCUGGACAAGCUAAACAGAACACACCUGCUGUGUGUGAAUAACUUACAACCUCUGAAUCGAUUCAUCAGCGCAUAUCUAACAAUCUGCGAAACCACCACAGAACGCAUUGUGCUGAGAUUGUGGAAAUCGGAUAGGUCCCGGUAGCGCAGCGACAGUCCAGGAAGGAGCUUGCUAUGCUGUUUCUCUUGGCUUGAAUUAUUUUGCUGCGGCGCUGUUCGUGACAUUGCAUCUUGUCGGAGCGGGUGGGAGAGCCGCCGGUGGACCGUGAAGAUGGCGGACAACGCUGUCAACGCUGCUGUCAAUACAACGACAGCAGAGCUCAUGUGUGUUGUGGGAAUAGAAAUGGGGACACAGGAAAAAAGAGAAAUGAAAGAGACAAAGAGCAGCGAAGGGCUUGCAGGACCAGGAUUAUGAGGGAACAGUCUAUCCAAAGUACUCGUCAUGCAAAUGAAGAUAAGGAGCUGCUAAAGUAAUGACAUCACCUUUAACUCCAGAAAAGAGACUUCAAACCAAUGGCCACGCCUCACCAACUUAUCAGAAAACCAACCACUGCAGCCCUACUAUAAAACAAACCGAUGCACUGAACCCACCUGCUAUCACAGAAAAGAAACCUCGGACCAAUGGGCAUGCUUCACCUUCUCGCCAUCUGGCCAAUACCAAUGCAAAUGCAGGUAAACAAUAUGUGGAAGGCUAUUUGAAGACGGAUGAUAGGAUGAGGCUUGCCAAAGAAAGACGUGAGGAGAGGGAGAGGAGUUUGGCUGCACGGGAGCAAGCUAUAAAGGAGAAGGAGAGGCGGUCACAGCUGCAGUAUGAGAAGACAGUAGAAGAGCGAUGGAAGCGAUUGGAGGAACAGAGACAGAAGGAGGAGCUUCGCAGAGCAGCGGUGGAGGAGAAGAGAAGACAGCAGCUAGAGGAGGAGAAGGAGCGUCUGGAGGCUCUUAUGAGAAGGUCACUGGAGCGCAGUAUGCAGCUGGAGAACAGGAAUAGACGCUGGGCCUGGGGUCCCAACGGCCCCACUCAAGGUGACUGGGAGAAUGCCCCACCUACUCUCUCUGCUGCCUCCGCCUUACCCCAUGACCUCGCUGCCCCCUCUCCUGCUGCCAUCGAAUCAGGCAACGUGCCCUCCAGUCCCCACAGGUCACCAUACCGAGGGUCACCCAGCCGCCGCAGAACCAAUGCAAUGCCAGAGGAGUCCAUUGGAGCUAUAAGUGCCCCCAAUACUCCUAAGAAGGAGAGAUUGCGUAGAGAAAGAAGAACUGGCUCUCCGGCCACAGGUUCACCAGUGAGACGAGCAAAAUCUCCUGCUGAUGUCACCACAAGCUCUGCCUCACCCGGCACACCAAAGUUAUUGCCUAAGAGUCGUACUCAGUCACCAUGUACAAUGUGGCAGUAUCCACCAUCCCCUAUGAAACACAAACCUGUAACAUUGGUCAAUGACAGCGACAAGAAUACAGAAGACAAGGUCAUGGACAAACAAGCUGAGGACAGCAAAAGUCAGGACAUUAAGGAAGGCAGGUCUGUUAAGGCUGAGGUCCAUCAGAACAAAAGCUCAAACAAUGAAAAUUUGGCUAAGGCAGCAAAACUGGAGACAUCUGUUUCUAGUACUCCAACUCCAGAGAGGAGAACACUGAAGAUAGACAGCCCCAGUAAUGGUGCAAAGGAGAAGAAAAGUGGAGUUAUGGAAAAUCAAGAAAAAAAGAAUGGCAAGAUGGAGACCCCCAAGAAAAAACUCCUUAAAUCAAACUGUAAUGAUGUGACUGCCGACAAGUGUGCAGAUCCUUCACCUGUGAACCCUGCUGGCAAGAUGGUUGUCGGAACGACAGAUGCUGAGGAGGCGUCACGUCUGCUUGCAGAACGCAGACGCUUGGCCAGAGUACUGAAAGAACAGGAGGAGAAACAAUACAGGGAACAGGAGGAGCAGGAGAAACUAAAAGCUGAGCAGCUUAAGAAGAAGCAGCUGGAGGAAAGAGCCCAACAGGAAGAAAAGGCUCGUAAAUCAGCGGAGGAGAAAUACAGACAACAACAACAACAGAUGAACAGAGAGGUGGAGGAGAAAAAAGAAAAAGAGAGAAAAGAGAAAGAGCUCCAGGCACAGAUGGAGAAAGAGAAAGUGGAGGCCGAGAUGCUUGCUCAGAAGAAUGCAGAGCGAAAUCGUCAGGAGAGAGAACUUGUUAAACAACAGGAAGAACAGGAGAGACAACAGCGAAAAAAGAGAAUUGAUGAGAUAAUGAAGAGAACCAGGAAAGGUGACGAGAUGAAGAGAGAAGAUAGCAAGGAGCCCGGAUCCCCUGUCUCUCCUCCAGGUGGAGUCCAUUCGUCCUCGAGUGCAAGUGCUGAAGUCAACUCUCAGGCCAACCUUAUCCACACAACCUCUGCAUCAAACAUACAGGCAAAUGUUCAAUCACAUGGCCAGACUGUCGGGAAAAGACCAGAGAGUACGAAUGAACAGGUUAAGUCAUCUGAUCACAUAUCCCCAAAAAAACCCUUCUCAAAUAGCCAGAUGAACACUGACCCCACUGCGGUGAAAACAGAAGAGAAAGGAAAUGUAAAUGAAGAGAAUACAAAGACUAUCAGACAAGAGAGUGAACAGAUGAAGACUCACAGUUUCCAAGUGAAAGGAGAGGCAAAAAGUCAGGUUAACCGAGAAGAUACAUCAUCAGCAAAAGUGCAGGUAACCCCACUGAAGAACUCCUCUCAAAACACAGUAGUGAAGGUACCUUCAAAAGUACCCACUCUCAAUGCACAGGAAGGUACUCAGUUAAAGCAGGAGAACAACUUAACCAAUGGAAAAAGCCAAACUAUCACUCAGGUGGCCAGUAACCAAGCGAAACUACAGCUCACCGAACAAAUGAAUGGAGCGGCCACAGCUCAGGGACCCAAGAAGGAUAGCACUGUGAAGAAAUCCGACAUCUCUCAUGCAAAAGGACAGAGUGUCCAGGGGAGCUUGAUGGUAACUGUCCCACAAGCAAAGACUGUCACUCAGACUGGUGGACAUACAGUAACACAGCUGAAAUCAAAGGAGGCAGGGAAAAACAGCUCACCCUCUUCCUUGACCACAUUGCCAGAGACAAAACAUCCACUCCCUCUUAUUCAUCUGGACACUUUAGAAGGCAAGAGUGGAGCGGCUGAGGAUUGCGCAGAUGAAGUGCAGUUCAUGGAGGUUAGUCCUGUCUUAAAGGAGGAGUUAAUUUCCAUCCCAGAAUUCUCCCCAGUAAAUUCUCCCCAGCAGAAUGGAAUGAAUAAUGUGCGUGCUCUAGAGGACCUUCUGGAUCUGACGGGGCAAGUUGCUUACCCCAGACUCUCUCCUGUAGCCAGCCUGGACGACUGCAACAAGAAUCUUAUAGAAGGGAUCUGUAGCCCUAGCCCUGACUCUAAACAUAUCCCCAACAACCCUCCCACCUCUGACAAACACAACCUAAAAUAAAUGGGUAAUGUGACAGAGAGUUAAUUGGCGCAGCAGACUGUGAGGAUAAUCAAGGAUCUCUUACAACAGAAAAGCAGAAAGGAGAAAAAAUGGAAAUGAAGAAGAGAAAAAUAUUUCUUCAUUGCUGGGCAUGAGUGCUAAAUUCUUCCAUCGAGUUCUGAUCUUCUCAUUACAAAUUAUAUGAUAUCCUCCUAUCUAUUUCAACACAAAGAUCAAGUUUUCAACCAUUGUGACAAAGCCCAGGCUGCCUGGUUCAGUAUUUUGGACAGAAUUUAACUGAAGUGUGAAGUGGACGCUAGAUAUGAUAUGCGUGCUUUGUAUGGAUGUUUUUUCAUAUAUCAAUAAUAAUGGCCAAAAUUGCUAGUAAGAGGGUUUGGACAUAAUACUUUGAAUGUAUAAGACAGAACACUGAGUGGUUACUCUUACAUUUUAGGAACCGAAACUCUAUGGAGUCAUUCAUAAUGUGUAAUAUUAACUCUUUGUAGUUAGAAAUACAUGAUAUGAAGGUUUCUUGUAAUGACUUUCUCUCAUUGGUAAAAUAUUAUUAUUCUAAAUUGUUUGGUUGAGUAAUUGCUGUGUAUUCUGUGUUCAACUGACUAAGAUUCUUUGUCGUGCAUCACAGUUUACUGAACACCCAGUUUGCUAUAAAUGCUUGUACUGCUGUGCAUCAGCACAAUGGAGAAUUCACCUCUUUCAAUAUCAUGUUGGUCACUGGUGAAUAUAGCAUGUAUAAUAUAAAAUUUCAAGGCAGUAAGCCUAUUUUAAAGCCCUAGUUUACCAAUAAUUAACUGAACUUAAAUUAGUUAAAUUACUAUCACUGUUCUUAUCAAGGUAGCUUCAAUCUAUUUCGCAGAACUUCUUUUGACAAAAGUAAACCAAUUAUGUCAGUAUUGAUUUUAUUCCUUGACAUCAACGAAAGUAUUGUGGUCCAAACCAAAUACCCACUGGUGUGCUUUUACUUAACAAAACAUUUUAAUAGUCUGUGAGUGUUUCAGGUGUACAUAUUUCUAGAGUGGGUGGGUAUGAGAGAUGAAGGUUUCUUGCAUAAUUGCUCUAAAUUGUGUGGAUGCACAAAAAACAAAAAAAACAAACAAAAAAAAGGAUACUUGAAAAAUUGCAUAAUUAGCUUUCAGAGUACCUCUGGACCAGGUUAUAAGAUGGUAACUCCAAGUGUCUCUGCUUCAUUCUCUAGGUUGUCAAAGCAGUACUGCAGUGAAUUUAAAAUGUGAUUGUGUAGUACUAUGAGGUGCAUGGUAGCAUGAGCAUCAAGUGCUAAUUAUAGACCUAGAAAUAAACAAAUAAACUAUC